AGCAGAACUUCUCCGACCAGCUGUGACCAGAAAGGAGCGCAGCACGUCUCAGGGACUCAGCAGAACUGAUCAGAACAACCUAGCACCAGAACCAGAACCAGAACCAUGUUCGCCGCCUGCCUGGAGGUCCUGGGGAUGAUCCUGUGCGUCGCCGGCUGGCUGCUGGUGAUGAUCGCCUGCGGGCUGCCCACCUGGAAGGUGAACGCCUUCAUCGAGGGCAACAUCGUGGUGGCGCAGACCAUCUGGGAGGGACUGUGGAUGUCCUGCGUGGUGCAGAGCACCGGACACAUGCAGUGCAAGAUCCACGACUCGGUGCUGGCGCUGGCGCAGGACCUGCAGACGGCCCGCGCCCUCACCGUCAUCUCGGCCGUGCUGGGGGUCGUGGGGCUGACGGUGACGGUGGCCGGGGCGCAGUGCACCAACUGCCUGAAGGACGAGGCGGUGAAGAGGCGGGUGGUGUACGCCGGCGGGGUCCUCUACAUCCUCUGCGGGCUCUUCGUGCUGGUGCCCCUCUGCUGGAUGGCCAACAACAUCAUCACGGACUUCCACAACCCGAAGGUCCCCCCCGCUCAGAAGAGGGAGAUCGGCGCGUCCAUCUACAUCGGCUGGGCCGCCGCCGCGCUGCUGCUGUCCGGCGGCACGCUGCUCUGCUGCUCCUUCUCCCAGGGGGCCCGGGGGCCCUUCCCCAUCAAACUGGCUCCCACCAAAACCAUCGCGGUCAGCGGCGAGUUUGACAAGAAGCACUACGUUUAAACCCGCUGGGGGACACUUUGGUUCAGGGGACUUUUAGUCGGGCAGAAGCCCGUCCGGUUUCGGGCGGUUCGCUGACCCGGAGCUCAGAAGGUCGCAGGAGAAAAGCCUGUAAAAAAAGAAAAAUCUCUAUAUAUAUGUGUGUGUGUGUUGUUGAAAUGAAGGUAAAUUACUGAGGCGGUUCGGAGCGGGUCAGCCCCCAGGAGCCUGAACUCUGAGGACAAUCAGAACCAGAUCAUUAGAACUGUGGAGAGGUUCCGACCCAGUCACUGACUGUAAAACUGAGCAGGUGUUCUGGUUGAGUUUUCUACUGUGUUUUUUGUCACUUCUUGUACAGAUGUCUUUUUCUUAUAAACAAUAAAGCAAAAUGUACUGUA